AUGGGCCGUGUCAUGCCAGAAGCCGUUCAAGACACACGAUACUUCAGCCCACUCGGCAGUGGCCGCCGCACAGAAGAAACGACUGACGAGCAUCGUGCUUGGCGAAAAGGGAACUUUGAGGAACUUGAGAUGGAACUUUGGCAAACAGAUUUGGAUCUGAGUCUUGGAACUUUGGAAGUCGUGCCGUGCCAAGAGUGGCAGAAGUUGGCGCCAUUCCACUACGAGGAUUGA